AAGGCUUUGCCUGAAUCUUUUUUAUAGUGCAGACUUCACCACCGAGACCUAUAUGAAUGCUGAGCACAAAAAAAGAUUUUUUUUUUCAGCAGUGCUUUCUACCACCCCCCACCCUCACCCUCUUCCAAAUCCCCGCAGCCAAUGCUUGCUCUCCGCUGAGAGAGGCGUGGUUCCAAGUAGAGGAGGGUAUUUAACGCAGCGCUCUCACCCAGAAGCACAAGAUCUGAAAGUGGAGCUGUGUGUGAGUAGAGAGGAAAGGAGGGCCCUUAUACUUAACAUUAGCAAAGCCAUUAGAAAUUCUGCACUGGGGUGCUGCUGACAAGUGAGCAAAGGCCGAGCACUGUGCAUGACUGAAGGGGCUGGAGAGUCAGUCUCCCCAUUGCUUUGGCUGAAGAGCUGACUUGGCCACUUCCAUUGUUCUCGGUUAAGUUGCGCAAAGACGCGGCUCUGCGCAAACAGUGCCACCCGCAGCCGACGAACUCGCUUUUCCAACAUUCUGCUCUCACCAUUAUUCGCAUGAAUCUCUUGGAUCCCUUCAUGAAGAUGUCAGAAGAGCAAGAUAAGUGCCUGUCCGGGGCUCCCAGCCCAACAAUGUCCGAGGACUCAGCAGGGUCCCCGUGCCCAUCCGGCUCUGGCUCCGACACGGAGAACACCAGACCCCAAGAAAACACUUUCCCCAAAGGGGACCAGGAGAUGAAGAAGGAGACAGAGGACGAGAAGUUCCCCGUGUGCAUCAGAGAAGCGGUCAGCCAGGUGCUGAAGGGAUAUGACUGGACCCUGGUACCGAUGCCAGUCAGAGUUAAUGGAUCCAGCAAGAACAAGCCCCAUGUCAAGAGACCCAUGAAUGCCUUCAUGGUCUGGGCACAGGCUGCAAGGAGGAAGCUGGCAGACCAAUAUCCCCAUCUGCACAAUGCAGAACUCAGCAAGACGCUGGGGAAGUUAUGGAGGCUUUUGAAUGAAGGUGAGAAACGCCCUUUCGUGGAGGAAGCAGAGAGGCUGAGGGUCCAACACAAGAAGGAUCAUCCCGACUACAAGUAUCAGCCACGGCGCAGAAAGUCUGUUAAGAACGGGCAGUCAGAACAAGAUGAUAGUGCUGAGCAGACCCACAUCUCCCCUAAUGCAAUUUUCAAGGCCCUACAGGCUGACUCCCCACAUUCUACUUCCAGCAUGAGUGAAGUCCACUCUCCUGGAGAACAUUCAGGUCAAUCCCAAGGCCCACCGACUCCUCCAACCACCCCCAAGACAGAUGUCCAGCCUGGAAAGCCAGACUUGAAGAGGGAGGGCAGGCCACUGCAGGAGAGCGGUAGGCAACCGCCUCACAUUGAUUUCCGUGAUGUGGACAUUGGUGAGCUGAGCAGUGAGGUCAUCUCCACCAUCGAAACCUUUGACGUCAAUGAAUUUGACCAGUACCUGCCACCCAAUGGCCACCCAGGGGUCGGCUCCGCUCAGGCCCCGUACACAGGCAGUUAUGGCAUCAGCAGCACCCCUAGUGCCACUACAGGUGCUGGUUCUGCCUGGAUGUCUAAACAGCAACAGCAGCCUCAGCAACACUCACUGUCAACCAUAAACAGCGAGCAAAGCCAGUCCCAGCAAAGGACACACAUCAAGACUGAGCAACUGAGCCCAAGUCAUUACAGUGACCAGCAGCAACAGCACUCCCCCCAGCAACUGAACUACAGCUCCUUCAACCUACAGCAUUACAGCUCUUCCUACCCAACCAUCACCCGGGCACAGUAUGACUACACAGAGCACCAGGGCUCCAACUCCUAUUACACUCACGCAAGUGGUCAAAAUUCUGGUCUCUACUCCAACUUUACCUACAUGAAUCCAAGCCAACGCCCCAUGUACACCCCUAUUGCAGACACAACGGGAGUUCCAUCAAUCCCCCAGACACACAGCCCACAGCACUGGGAGCAGCCUGUCUAUACACAACUCACAAGACCCUAGAUAUGUGAGUAGAACAAUGACUUUUUCUAAAGACAUGAAAUCCCCAUCCACUGUGAAGAAAGUUGCGCCCUCUACUGGUCACCAGCAAUAAUUGCUGUAACUCUCCAACAAGAACUUGUGACACAGAGGGAGCAAGCUGAGUGACAGUCAUAAGGGGUUUAGCAAAAGCAGUUGCUUGGCUGCUCAGGUGACUCUAGCCUUAAGGUAUUUUUAGCCAAAUUCGGGGAAAAUUGCUAAAGCAGAAUGUCCUCUGUGAGGACUAUUGGUUAGCUCUGUCAUUUAGUAUGUACUGUGUAUGUUCCAUUGCCUUUUACAGGGGUUUUUACAUUUAUACUAUAGACAACUUUUUGUAAAAAAAACAAACAUUUUCUUAAUCUCUUCCCUCCGAAUGCUGAACUAGUAGAACUCUCCAGCUUUUCUUGCAAUUUCAAGUAUUUUUGUAAUUCAAAUAGAAGAACAUUUAUUUUCAAGAGAAGAACUGAAUCUGGCCUUAUACUGUGUUUAGUAAUCCAGACAAGCUUCUAAGAAGCAACUAGAAGGAUCCGAAAAAGUAUCAAGUAGGAGAUUUGCAAAGGUACAUUAUGAAUGUAGGAAAUGUUUUUCCAUAUAGAUAUAUACCCAAGUGCCAACAAUCAAGUUGCCUAAAAACAAGUGCCCUUUUAUUACCUUAACGUAUAUCCAGCAGUUAAAACCUGCAAAUCUUGCCUUAGACAAAAUCAUCUGCAAAUAUUUACUCCAGAUUUUUUUAAUUCCUAAAUUAUUUAUUUUGUAUAAAAGCUAAUAUGUAAAAUAAAAUGCUUAGUGAGAAUCACUGCUCCCUCUCACGACUUAAAUAUUUUAGCAUGCAUUCCAAUCUUGGAAACUGCAAUUUUUUUUUUUGUUAAAUUAUAAAUUCUGCUGUUUUCUCCCUUCUGUUAUAUUCCGUUUUUUACUUAUUGCCAAACGAAUGCAAGUCCUGUUUAUGAAAAAAAAAAAAAAAAAGAUCAGACCAUUGAAUUAGAUUUAAGCUGCAUUUUUUAAGAUAAAAAUGGGUACAAUACUAUAGCAUUAAUAGUAAUUUUUUAGCAGAGAAAAAUAUAUUAAUUUAUACUGAAAUUGUUACCUAAUGUGCAUUUAGAAAACAAAGUGCAAAAAAAAAAAAACCUUGGUGAUAAUUCGGCAAUACAGCGAGCAAUAACUUGUCAUAUGAAGUGCAGUCUGACUAGUUACGUUUUUAACCGUUGCUUCAAAAAUUUUAUUUUUGUAUAUUUUUAGAUCUGAUGAAGCACUCCUUAAUUAUUGCAUUUGUUACAAAAAAGCAGGCCUUAAAUAUUACUUUAACUUAAAACAAAAAGGAUAUAUACCAUGUUUGUUAGUCGUUACUGGGUUUUUGUAAAUUGCAUUGUGCGACUUUUUUUUGGACAAUUUCUAUGUUUUGUGUCUUUUGUGAAACUUACCCUCUUGUGUAUUAUUUUGCAAUAAAUAUACUAUGUACUAAAAGUUA